AUGAACAAAACUAAGACGACCAAGAAGUCAAAGGAAAAGAAAAAGAAGGACAAUAAAACCCAAAAGCCAAUGAAGAAGAAGAAGAAGGAGAUCAUGGCGCCAACGCACUUCCCGUACUUUAUGGACAACUACUGUCCUCCUGAGUGUGCUUGCUAUGGAAGGGUGGUCCAGUGCUCAGACAAAGAUGUGGACAAGGUUCCUUACGGUAUUCCCUACACUGCUCGCUACAUCCUCCUCAUGAACAACCGCAUCGAGAGCAUCCAGCUGGACCUGCUCGACGAGUACGUCUCUAUGGAGUUCCUGGUGUUGAGCAACAAUCGGCUCACAGAUGGUUCCAUUGAGGGAGCCUUUGAGGGGAUACCGGCUCUAAAGCGCCUCUACCUGGACAGGAACCUUUUAGAAAGCGUGCCAAAUGACCUUCCAAUGUCUCUCGAGGAGCUUCGUUUGGACAAUAACCACCUGAGUGUGAUGUCUGAGGCCGCCUGGGCUCGCUGCCCUGGACUUUUGGUUCUAAGCCUCAGCAACAACACCUUGGGGAACAGAUCAGAAUCCAUCCCUAGUGCGGUGCUCUCGCCUUUGUACAACCUGCGCACUCUGAACCUGGAUCACAACCAGUUGAAAUCAGUUCCUCUGGGGUUACCGCUAUCCAUCAAGGCGCUGUACUUCAAAGGGAAUCUCAUUGAGCACUUCAGAGGAGGAGCUUUCAACGGAAAAUCAGAGCUGGUUGUGUUGGACUUAAGCGCAAACAGACUCACGAACAAAGGCCUUCUUAGGGAGUCUCUCGUCAACGCUACUCACUUGGAAAGCCUCAAUUUAGAAGGCAACAGACUAAAACAGGUGCCAAAACACCUUCCGCCCUCCCUUAAAACUCUAAAUCUGGAAGGCAACCUCAUAUCGUCUUUAAAGAGAACGGUUUUCAGCACACUGAAGAACCUGGAACACCUGGGUUUAGCGAGGAAUACAAUCUUCAAAGUAGCACCAGGGACCUUCAGGUCUCUGCCGGUCCUGCACCAGUUAGAUCUCUGCCACAACGCUUUACGCCAAGUGCCCAGACAGCUCCCACAAGCUCUGCACUCGGUUGCACUCACGCACAACAAGAUUCAAUCAGUGCCUCGAGAUGCUUUCUGCUGGGGGAACAGGAGAGUGAGUCUCAGCAGGCUCGUACGAGUGCAGCUUGAGCACAAUCUAAUCGAUAUGGGGAAGCUGGAUGGUCAGGCUUUCAGGUGCUUACGGGGAUUCCAGGUGGUGCAUUUCUACUAAACCUCCAAAGAAAACAUGCACUGUGAAGACAAUUUAUAUAUGAAAGAAAAAAACAUAUUUUACAGCUUGAACUUUGCAGACUUAUCCAAUAUUGAUGCCAGAAGCUAACGGUGUAACUGA